AUGCCACCGGAGAUGCUGAUAAAGAUAUUUUCCUAUUUGGAUGCUGUGUCCCUGUUGACUGUUGGUUGUGUGAAUAAGCACUUCUAUCAUCUUGCCAAUGACAAUGGCAUAUGGCUGAAAAUCUACUCCAGUUGUUUUCAACCAAAAAGGAAAAUUUGGAAAAUGAUAUCUGAGCAAGCAGAAACUCUUUCCUUGGGCUGUGCUGCUCUGGAUGAUAGAAAGCCUGGGUAUUGGAAGAGAGAAUACAUCUUCAAACAAAUAGCUGCUGUCAAAGCUAGAGUAGCACGACUUGUUAAACCAGUAGAUCCUUACACAGGUCUUCCAUGUAAAAACAAAGAAGCUAUGAAAUCAUUUGGCUUGAGUUGGAUAAUUGUUCUAAAGGACAAAAAUGGAAAGGAAUAUGCAAUGGAGAAGGCAAAACUGUCAUUUAAAGACACGUCUGUUACUAUAUGUUGGUAUAGUACAAACUGGCCAUGCUUAGACAUCCUGUCAACCCUAAAGUUAUACGGAGUUGUGCCAUUGUUUCCUGACCAAAGCAGAGUUCCCAGCAGGAAUGGACCUCAUUGGCGUUCCUUAGUUGCUGAAUACUGUCUUGCUAACCUGACUGAAAGCAGUGUAGCAGCUGGUGCUGAUAAGCUUGUCCAGCUCUUUAUUCUGAAUCCAGGACUCUUAGUAGGACUUUGGAAGGAGAAAAACGAAAUUGCUUUUGUUAUGGCAAGUCUUCAUAAUCAUCAGCUUAUUGAGAGAAGCAUUUUGGGUUCUGCUACUGUUCAGUAUGCCCUUCCACCUAACAAACCCCUACUGGAUGAUGUCGACUCACAGUAUGGACUGCAUGGCUACAGUCUACAUCUUGAUAUGCACGGUGGAAAAUGCACCUACCUGUGUGGAACAUUAAAGAGCCUGUUCUGCAUAAAAGGUGAUGUUGCAAAUGAAUAUUUGAGACUCACAGCUAUAAGCUUAAAGGACCAUACGAAGCAUUUGCCUGUUGGUGGAACGUUUGGUUUAUCGUGGGAAACAGAUGUGUUUAAAGGAAAUGUAAAGGUUGAGCAAUUGGAUCAGAGAAGUCAAUGGCACCUUGUACAGACAACAAAGUACAGAAGCAUCACUAUCUCUGGAGCUCAGCUGGUUUCAAAACAACUGUGGGAGUAGCUGAUUGGCCUUGUGAUGGUGAUACAAUACAGCUCAAUUGAAGUUUUCUGAUGUCAAAGACUCUGCAUAUUGUGAUGGCUCUGAAAGUAAGAUUGUACAAGUGCAUUCUGUGACAUGUUAGCACUUUUGAACUUUACAUCAGAUUUUGUCCUGUUUGCUUAUAAAGUGUAUCCACCAUAGCUUUAAUUGGUGGCUGGAAGACUCUCUUGUUUAUGCUGUGAACAGUAAUGUGGUGGCAUAAAUAGCAAUGACUGGUUCUAGGAUGUUAAGAAAACUGAA